AUGUUUGCUAAUGCGACAGUUACAGCAACUACUGCCACUACUAUUAUUACUAUCACUAUUUCUACUACUGCUCUUAUCUCUACUUUAAUGCAAAAGGAUUCCCACACUGCCCUCUAUCAAGCUUUAUUGUCAUGUGAGAAUUAUGGUGACAAGGGAUCAACAAGUUGCAGUAAGUCUCAUAUAAGCCUGGAGACCCUUUUUCGCAAUGCUACAGUUCAACAAAAUACAUUUGAUUUGAAAGCUACAAGUGUACCUUCAAGGAAUGCACACAUUCAUAGGUCAAAUAUGUUACUAGAAUCAGACCCUGCUACUUCUCAACUACCAACUAUUUUGAAACAGUUCGGUUCUUCUGUCACAAUGGUUGAAGAUAUUGAAAAACAACCACAGCACCAUGGUAAAUGUGAAAAUACUACAUCCCCAUCUACAUUGAUGUUAAAACAGUUAUCUCCAUCCCUGGUUACAGCAUCAUCACACAAUGGUUUUAAUCUCUUGAAAAGCUCUCAAAAUUACCAUGAAUUUGACAACAUUUCCAGAAAAACAUCUUCCAAAGGAACUAGUGCAAUCUCCAUUAACAAAGGUGUUAACUUACUUGACCCAGUAAGUUUUUCAUCAACUACUUCCCUAACAACUUCUGGACAGAUUUUCAAUUUUCCUCAGUCACCAAAAAUAGGGUUUGAGAACUCCUAUUCCAAUUCUACAGAAUGUUUGCGUGAUUCAUCAAACUUUGAACCAUUUUCAUCAUCUCAGUCGAGUUAUGCAUUUCAUGGUAUCAACCAUUUCAAUGGCCCUGAUUUUACUUCAAGUCUCCUCACAAUUGGAUUGGACAGUUCCAUUGGAAGCAAACCAAUGAAAUCUCCCGUCUUGGCUAAAUCUUGCACACAAGAACUGUUAACACCUGCAGAUCUGGAAUCAGUCUCAUUGCCAAAUAGCUUUGGAUCCAUCUCUUCCACUCUUCCUCAACAUACCAAUAAUAACCUUCUCUCACCAAUGGCUUUUGUCUUACAACAAACUAAAGCAAAAUCAGUUUCAAGUUCAUCCAGUAAUUCUCCAGUGUUUACCAAGAUUGUCAGUGAUCAUCACUGUUUAACUGAAAUGCCAUCUUUCUCUAGAGAACAACUACAAGAGACAAUGAUAAAUUUAUUAAAGAAUGACUCUGGCUUUCUAAACAAAAUCCACCAAGCCUAUCUUCUAAGUCUGAAAGCUGAAUUAUCAAACCCAUGAACAUGAGAUCCUUAUGCAAUUCAAUAAAAGUCUUUGAAGUUGCUAAUUUCCUUUUAAUAGUGAUAAUGCUGAUAAUCUUUGUGAUAAACUUCUCUUGGUAAUGACAAUAUAAAUGAAGAAUUUUUGUUGCUAUAAGAAACCUCAAAGUAAUAAUAUUCUGUUAAUAUAGCUAAUUAUCUUUUGAUAGUUACAAAGUUGCAGUGAUAUUUUUUCAGAGAUAAUCUUACAUUGAUUAUCACCUGGUGAUCACAAUGAUAAUGCAGUGAUAUUCUGUUCAUAAUAGAAAUAAUCUCAUAGCAAUACUCUUUCAGCUAAUAGUGAUAUGUUUUUAUAUAAUAUUCUCUCAUUAGAGAUAAUUUUAUAUCGAUAAUCUUCUACAGAGAGUUCAAAUCGAACAGUGAACAUUUACGAUAGAAGUUCUUUCCAGCUUAUUUACUAUCACACUACUCCUCCAGGAUACCUAUCAAACACCUUAUUCUGAAUCUAUAUACUAGAAUCAAAACAUAACUGAAAGUUCCCUUUAUAGUCACUUAAUUGAAAGAGGAACACUGGUCGUUAGCUUUAUUUCCAGUUGUUUUAUUUAUUCAUUUAUUGCAUUAGCUAUGUUUAUUUAUGAGAUGAUGUAAAGGGUAGUGGAGUGAGAAUAUCCUACAGAUGUAUUAUUUAUUAAAGACUAUUAUCUCUU